GACGGGUGAAUACGAUACUUGUAUGUCUGAUUUGCGGCCUGAGUGUGCAAUAUUCCUGCGCAAGUUAUCAUGAUAUUAUCAGCUUUUGACCUGUAGAUCAUUAUAACACGAGACGAGCCCCGAGGCAGCCGCCUGGAUAGUGUAUGGCGAAAAAAAUACUCGGAUAUUCGAAAAUGACCCUAACUGUGAUUUCUGGUUAAUUAUCAAGUGGUUUUUUUUAUUUGUAGUUUUUAGUGAUUUCUUUUUGGGAGAAGAUACUUAUUGUUUUUUGUGAAAAUGAGGUUGUAUUGUUUUGUGGUGCCGUUGGUAUUCUUCGGCUUAAGUAACGGUGAUCGUACAGAAUCAGAACUAAAUGAGGUGUGCUGUAACCACGGAAGUCAGUAUUCCUUAAAGUCAUCAGGUGACUGUGAGGAGGCAGACAUCCCUAAGGACUUGGAAACAGAAGACGAAAAGGAAAUAUGCAAAUCAGUAGCGAUUGGCUGUUGUCAGGAGUACAAGUAGGUUUUCUAUGAAGAUCUUCACAAAUAUCUAUUAAAUAUACUUAGAGCUCGGAGGUAGAGGUCGAUGGUGCAGGUGGAUAGAAUGUUCGGCCUGCGGUCGUGGAAGUAAAGCAAAUUUCGCAAUGGUCGGUCAUAGGAUGUGUGACCAAAAAUUUAUUAUCUCGAGCACCGUCGGGCUUCGGAAGGCACGUUAAGUCACCGAUCCGCACUGGGCCCGCGCGGUUGGUUGGGAGGGUCCCAAUCUCCUUAUUCCAUUUAAAUGGAAGGCUGAUGCCAAUGGUGAUACUUAACUUACCUACUUAGACAUAUGGACGAAUGUACGGCUGGCAUGAAAUAUGCGAUAGAGAAACGAUGCAACAAGCCCAGUUCUGAAGUUGGGAAGACAUGUUGUGAAGAAUGUUCACUGGGAAGAUGGAUAGGAGAAUCCCAGGGUCGCGAGGGUUGCAGCAGUGGAGUAGAAGACUUCUUUGAUCCGAGCGCUAUUCUCCGGAAAAACGCCUACACCAAAUGUUGUCAGGAGGCAGCCGAGGAAGCAGAGAAAACCACAGAAGCGGCGACGACAACGACCGAAAGAAGAGAGACGACAACAGAGAAGAGAGUGCAGCCUACGACGGAGAAAAAGGAGACGUGUCAGAAGAAUUCAUGCGAGCACGUGUGCAACGAUGAGGAUGGUCAUGUGCACUGCCAAUGCCACGAGGGAUACAGGCUGCAGAGCGAUAAGAGGUCGUGUAAAGAUAUAAAUGAAUGUGCUGAAGCCAUAGACGAUUUGUGUGUCGCAGAGGACACAGUGUGUCACAAUACUGCGGGCUCUUUCAAAUGCGUGCCGAUCAAGAAGCGCGAUGUCGGAAUCACGUGCCCACCAGGAUUCAAGCGAAACGUCCAGAACCAAGUCUGUGAUGAUAUUAAUGAGUGCCAACUGGCAAGACCUCCGUGUCCCAAAUACCUGUGUGAGAACACCAUCGGCGGAUACAAGUGCGGCGGGAAACCUGGAAAGCCCUUCCAAGAAGCAGCGCCCGGAGUCACGACGGAGCCACCCAGCGUCACUCCUGCUGCACCCAAGAAUGAUAUAUGCCCUCCUGGAUUUCGAGCAGGACCUGACGAUGAAUGUGUUGAUAUCAACGAAUGUGAUGAGCGGCUAGACGACUGCCAGAGAUUAUCGCAGCACUGCAUCAAUACUCACGGCGGCUUCUUCUGUCAAGACCAUGUGUCCAAGCGGUGUGCACCAGGAUUCAAAGUCAACCCGCAAACGGGAAUAUGUGAAGAUAUUGACGAGUGUGAAGAAAGCUCUGAAGUUUGCAAGCGGUCAGAAAUAUGCGUCAACUUGCCAGGAGCCUACAACUGCAAGUCGAAAAUAAGCACUUUACCAAAAUUAGGUUCAACAAGGAUAUGCCAGGAAGGGACUAGAUUAAAACCAGGAAGCACAAUAUGUGAAGAUGUGGACGAAUGUCGUGAAGGCAGUCACCUCUGCGAUCAGUUCCAGUACUGCAUCAACACUUACGGCGGCCACGAGUGUCGCUGUAAGAGCGGCUUUGAGCUGGACUCUACCUCAGGAGCAUGCGUCGAUAUAGACGAAUGCGGCUUGAAGUUGGACAAGUGCGGUCCCAACCUGCACUGCCUUAACGUGUUGGGAUCGUACACGUGCACACGACGAGCACCGACAACAACAAGCACUACCGUACAACCAAUUGGCGACUAUUACUAUGACUCUGAAGAAGAUUAUCCUGCUCCAGAUGAUGUUCCAGAAUCGAAUGUCAAUCCGAAACCCACUUCACGCGUUACGCCUUCGGUCCCUACAUAUGCCACUUACCCUACAAACCCAUCAUCAUCCAGAACAAUAAGCACCACAGGAAGAACUCCUUAUACGAGCAGGCAGCCAUACAGGCCAACAUAUCCUACUUUACCCCCCACCAGUACAACGGAAGUUACGGUUACAUCAACAGUGCCUACACAGACUACCCCAAAAGCAGAGCCAACACGUCCUCCUUAUAUUCCUCGUCCUCCUGAACUGCCACCGAGGCCUGAUAACAGACCAAGAUAUCCAGAGUAUCGCCCGACCAGACCUACCGAAGUACCGAGAAGACCUCUAUACCCUUCGACUCCAACUACAACCACCGAUUCCCCUAGAACAUUCGAAACAUUAACAGAAGUGUCUGUAACACCUCCUGGUAACCCUGAAGUAUUGGAGAAAGAUAAAAACCCUGACGGUAGCUACGGCUUAAAUACCAGCGAUGUACCGAAGGACACAUGGACGAAUGUCAUUGGUCGGGAUAAACCAGAGGAGCCAGACUUUGAUAUCAAUAACCUUCAUUGCUUAUACGGAUUGGAAAGAGACGCCCAAGGAAAUUGUGUAGAUAUAAAUGAAUGCGAGACCAAUAGACAUAUCUGCAGUGGGUUGGAAAUGUGCGUCAACAUGGAGGGCGGGUACAGGUGCGAGUGCGUACCCGGUUACCACAGGGAUUCUUCCGGUUGGUGCGUGCCCACCAGACCACCUGUGAGCCAGAGGACCACGACCUCCACUAGUACAGCUAGAACUACAACCAGUACCACAGCCAGGACUACUACUAGUACACCAACAAGCGUUGGCACAACACCGAGAACAUGGUAUACCCCACCAGUAAGACCUAGAAGACCCGUGCUUCCAGCUUCUUCAUGCCAGAUGGGAUUUACUUUCAACCCUACCGUAGGGGGAUGUGUCGACAUCGAUGAAUGUUCCAUAAGGAACACGUGCGAUGAAAACGAGGAAUGCCACAACUUAGAAGGCGGCUACUACUGCAAAUGCGGACAGAGGUGCAGAGCGGAGAAGGAGAAACCAGCAUAUGAGCCACCGAGUGCACAACCCCAGCCGAGGGAUCCAUAUCCAGCAUCACACGAUCCAUACCCAGCUCCGCAUGACACACACCCAGCUUCACGGGACCCAUACCCAGCUCCGCAUGACCCACACCCACCGUCACGGGAUCCAUACCCAGCUCCACGGGACCCGCAUCCAGCUCCGCGAGAACCGGUUCCAGACCCCGACUCGAACGUGAUCACCGUCGGAGCGCAGUACGGCCAGCGCGGCCCGCGCAUGCUGCGACCUACGUUCACUAGGCUGCCCAACUCUGGGGCCAUAGUCACCUCCUGCCCGUGGGGUUAUAGGCUGACGCCGGACAAACAUUGCUAUGAUAUUGACGAGUGUGCAAAAAACGUGUCGAAAUGCGGUCCCGAACAACGCUGUGAGAACUUCUACGGCGGGUACUCGUGCCAGUGCCCCGCCGGACACAAGCUCUACGGCAAAGACGGCUGCGAGGACAUUGACGAGUGUCGCUACGGCUCUCCAUGUUCGUACAACUCGAAAUGCGUGAACACCGUGGGUUCGUACCGGUGCGAGUGUGGCGAGGGAUUCCGCAGCUCGUCGUCCAACGACAAGGUGUGCGUGGACAUAGACGAAUGCGCGGAGACGCCAGAGGUGUGCCAUCAGAGCUGCGCCAAUGCCUGGGGCGGGUACAGGUGCUACUGCAAGCGGGGCUACCGGCUCGAUACUGAUAACAGGACGUGCACAGACGUGGACGAAUGUACGGAAUGGCAGGUUGCGGGUACAGGCCUGGUGUCUCGGGGUCGGACGCGUCUGUGUGGCGGUUCCUGCGUCAACGAGCCUGGCAGCUAUCGUUGCUCGUGUCCCAGCGGAUACAGGCUAGGCGACGACGGCAAGAGCUGUAUAGAUAUCGAUGAGUGUGAGACGGGCGAGGCUACAUGUGCCGCGUCCAGGGAUCCCGGCUACGUGUGCCAGAACACGCGUGGCAGUUAUCACUGCCAUCACAUCCAGUGCCCGCGCGGAUACAAGCUGGAGGCACAGCAUCGGUGUAGCCGUAUUCAGAGGUCGUGCCCUAUAACUGACUGGAACUGUCUUCAGCAACCCACUACCUACAGCUACAACUUCAUCACUUUUGUCGCUAACAUCUACAUGCCAUCUGGCAGUGUGGACCUGUUCACAAUGCACGGUCCGUCGUGGCGGGAAUCGGUGGUGAGCUUCGAGCUGCGGAUGAUUGACGUGCAGGCGGGCUCAGGCGUGCAGCCCGCGGACCUCAGGUGUUUCGAUAUGAGGCCGACGAACAAUGUAUGCGUUAUCUCCCUGCUAUGCUCGCUGGGCGGGCCGCAAGUGGCCGAGCUAGAAUUGACGAUGUCUCUAUACCAGCGGGGACAGUUUGCGGGCAACGCGGUCGCCAGGCUCAUCAUUAUAGUGUCGGAAUAUGAGUUCUGAGCGCCACUAUGUUAAAAACAAAAGACUAGGGCAGACCAAAUUAGCACGAAGUAAAAAAUAAUGAUCAUUAUCUUUCGAAAUCAUUAAAUAACUGUAGACAACACUAUAAUAGUUGGCCUGGGCUCUAUAUUAGACCAUUAGUGUCACCAACUUAUUGAUAAAAGCCUUGAUCCUAGAAAUUAAACGGUCAUCCCUUUCGAAACUUACUAGGUUACUGUGGAGAAUACUAUGACAGUUUUACUGGUCUCUAUAUUAGACCACGAGCCACUACGAUAAUAAAAUUCUAGGGCAGGCCAAAUUAGCACGAAGUGAAAUAAAAUGCUCAUCUCCUUUGAAAUGUUUUGAUAACUCUGGACAACACUACCAGUAGACUAUUUGACUGGACCCUCAAAAACAAAUUCAUGUGAAACAAUUACAAAUUAAAAACUUAAUAGCGACUGUGUAGUAACCGCUCGACUUGCGCAGUAAACAAUAUUUAGAUGUGCGCAGUUUUCUUUUUAUUACUGAAGUGACUGCACAUGGUGUCAUACAUGCACUCAUUGCUAACUUCACCAGUCAUAAUUUCAGCUAUUAUAGUUUAUAAGGUUGUAUUUCAGUUAAAUUUUUAGUGUUACAUUGUUCGACUUUAGUAAUUCAGUAAUUCUAUAAUUUAUACAAGUAAUACUAUUUAAAUAAGACGACAUUGUAAUUAAUUUCAUUUUUACAGCAUAUAGAGGAGGAAUGUUAUUUCAAUCAUUUAUUAAUUCUAAGAUUAGUUACUAAUUUAUUCAAUGUACUAUAUGAUAAUAACAGACACCCACAGUGCUCUUUAUGAAUCAAAUAACAAGUUAAUGUAUAGAUACCAUAAUUUCUAUUUACUUACUGCAAAAUAACUGAAUUCAGAAAUUUUGCAGUGUAGUAAAUGAGAAUUAAUCAGAAGUUGUCUGUACGCAAACAUAUUAUGCCGGCACUUCACUUGGCUGUUCGCAUAAUGCGGUUUGUCACUAAAGGACUGGCUGACGUCAAGAUAACAAAUAACAAACACGAAUAGCCAAGUGAAUUAUUGUAGAUUGUAAGUGCUUAUGAUAUUCCUAUAAAAAUGAGUAGAUCUGAAAUGAGAAAUAGAAAUACAUAGAACACAAGGUAGAAAUUUGUGUAAUUCUCAACCUAGAAAUAAGUGUUGGAAGAAAAGGAAAUUUGUAAAUAAAACGAAUAAAUAAUUGGAAUAUAUCUUUUUUUUAUUAUUCAAGCACAAGCGUUCCUCGCGCUACCCACCUUGAUGAUGGCGUCAAACACGAUUACAUACAUAUACAUAAUAAUACCUAUAGGUAAUGGUGCAUACUAUAAUAAUUAGUAACUGAUUAGAUCUCUGGAUCACAACAUAAUUAUUUAUUAUUAUUAUCGUCAAUGUUUUGUCAACGACACGCUACUGAGGUAUUUUUAACUCUUUCCUCGUGAGUUUACUAAAUUAAUUUGACUUUAGUAUAUAAACCUUUAAAGCAUAAUAUUUUUUAAAUUUAUUAAUGAAGUUAUUAAACUUUUUUUUUAAUUUAUUUUAUAAAAUUUGAGAUAAUUAAGAUUUGUUCGUUGCUUUGCUAUGGGAUUUGGGACAAAUUCUUAUUAUACAUCCCGGCAAACUUCUUUAACAACGAUAAUAGAUACGGACGCCUGCGCAUUAGUAAUUUUACAUACAAAAACGUCUACUGCGCAAGUUUAUUUGUCUGUGCUUUUGCUUAAGUUUGCCGCGACCUAUAUACAAACAUUAAACCAACUCCUAUUUCUCCUCUUUCACUUGAAAUUGUACACAAUAAAGUUAACAACCAAAACUUAACAAUUAAACAAUUUUGUACGUACAGUAUUUUUUUAAGAUUUUCAGACCCUGAUUUUCUUUUAAUUGGAAAAUAUACAAUCGUUAUGUCUUGGGAAACUAUACAUAAAUACAUUAUCCAAUUUGGUUCAGUCGUUCGGAAGUAAGGCGCACAUGAUAUUCAAAUUCAA